AUGAACCAAAUUAUAACAAAACACUUGAAAAUAACAUCAAAUGAGGAAACACAAUUAAUUCGGGACUUUGUUAAUAGUCUAUAUAAAGAUAAUAAGAAUUAUCAUGAUUUUAAAAGUGCAAUUGAAAAAAAUGGUGAAUUUUCAAAUGAUUUUAUAAAUGAUGUUUAUAAAUUGCUAAGAGAUGAUUCAGUUAAACUAGAAAUUAAUGAGAUUAUACUUGGUUAUGUUUCUAAAAUUACAGAUUAUGGUGCUUUUAUAAGAUUUAAUAAUUAUUCUGGUCUUUGUCAUAUUUCUCAAAUUUCAAAAAAUGGUAGUCGUAUAAAUUCUCCAAAUGAUUUACUUUCAAAAAAUCAACAAGUAUAUUGUAAGAUUAUAAAUAUAAUAGAUCGACCUAAAUUGAAGAUAUCAUUAUCUAUGAGAAAUAUAAAUCAAGAAACUGGUGAGGAAGAAGAAGAAAAAGAAGCUGAAAUACGAGGUAGAUCUUUUGAAAGGACUUUAAAGAAACGAAAAUUAACAUCACCUGAAAGAUGGGAAUUAAAACAAUUGAAAGCAUCAGGUGCGUCUAUUGAUAUAGAAUUACUGGAGGAUGAAGAUGAACAUCAAGAUGAUGAAGAAGAAAUUGGAAGUGCCGAAAUUGAACAAAGUACAAUUAAACCUAAUUUUCUUCAAGGUAUGGAAAUUAAAUCAGAAGCUGUAAGAAUUGAAAAAGUCAUACAAGAUGAUCCUAAUUCAUUAGAUAAAAUAGCUACAUUAGGUUCUAAAUUUGCUAAAAAAUAUAAAGAAACUCAUAAAGAAAAACCAACAAUAGAUCAAGACGAAUUAAAAAAGAAACUAUCGUUUGGUAAGAAAACUACAACUCCAAUUGAAGAACAAAGGAAAAGUCUACCUGUAUAUUCAAUGAGACAAGAACUAAUAAACGUCAUUAAAGAUAAUCAAUUUGUAGUGAUUGUUGGUGAAACAGGUUCAGGUAAAACUACACAAAUUGUUCAAUAUAUAUAUGAAGAGCAAUUAAAUAAGGGUAAAAUAAUUGGAUGUACACAACCUAGAAGAGUUGCAGCUACUUCUGUUGCCAAAAGAGUAGCAGAAGAAGUUGGUUGUAAAGUUGGUGAUAUUGUUGGUUAUAAUGUUAGAUUUGAUGAUAAUACAUCUCCAAAAACAAAAAUUAAAUAUUUAACAGAUGGUAUGUUGGAAAGAGAAGCGUUAAACGAUCCAUUAAUGAGUAAAUAUUCAGUUAUAAUGCUUGAUGAAGCACAUGAAAGAACAAUUGCCACAGAUGUAUUAUUUGCAUUAUUAAAAAAAGCUUGUUCUAAUAAUCCAAAUUUACAAGUUAUUGUAACUUCAGCUACGUUAGAUUCAGAUAAAUUUUCAAAAUUUUUCAAUAAUUGUCCAAUUUUAAAAAUUCCUGGUAGAACAUAUCCAGUUGAAAUUUUAUAUACUCGAGUUCCCGAAAUGGAUUAUCUAAAAGCUGCAUUAGACUCAGUUUUUCAAAUUCAUUUAUCUGAACCACAAGGUGAUAUUUUAGUAUUUUUAACGGGUCAAGAUGAAAUAGAUACAAGUUGUGAUAUAUUAUUAGAACGUAUGAAGAAUUUUAAACAUGUAACAACAUCAGAAUUAAUUGUUUUGCCAGUUUAUUCAUCAUUACCUUCAGAAAUUCAAAGUCGAAUAUUUGAACCAACUCCAACGGGAUCAAGAAAAUGUAUAUUAGCUACAAAUAUAGCUGAAACUUCAAUUACUAUAGAUGGGAUAUAUUUUGUUAUUGAUCCAGGUUAUGUUAAAUUAAAUGCAUAUGAUCCAAAAUUAGGAAUGGAUUCAUUAAAAAUCAAACCAAUUUCUCAAGCACAAGCAAAUCAAAGAUCAGGUAGAGCAGGUAGAACUGGGCCCGGUAAAUGUUAUAGAUUAUAUACUGAAUCAGCAUAUUUGACACAAAUGUUACCUAAUACAAUACCUGAAAUUCAAAGACAAAAUUUAUCACAUACAAUAUUAAUGUUAAAAGCAAUGGGGAUAAAUGAUGUUUUAAAAUUUGAUUUUAUGGAUCCACCAUCAAUGAAUACCCUCUUAAAUGCAUUACAAGAUUUGUAUAUAUUAGAUGCAUUAGAUAAUGAUGGAAAUUUAACUUUAUUAGGUAAAAAAAUGGCAAAUUUCCCAAUGGAACCAGCUUUAGCUAAAACUUUAAUAAAGUCGGUGGAAUUUGAUUGCACGGAAGAGAUUUUAACUAUUGUUGCUAUGUUAUCUGUUCAAUCUAUAUUUUAUAGACCAAAGGAUAAACAACAAGAAUCAGAUCAAAGAAAGGCAAAAUUUCAUAGUUCUUAUGGUGAUCAUUUAACUUUAUUAAAUGUAUAUCAGAAAUGGAUUCAAAAUUUGAAGAAUCCUACUUGGUGUAAGGAUAAUUUCAUUCAGGAAAGAUCAAUGAGAAAGGCAAUGGAUAUUAGAAAACAAUUAACUUCAAUGAUGUUGAAAUAUAAUUAUAAUAUUAAAUCUUGUGGUAAUGAUAUAAAUUUAAUUAGAAAGACUUUGUGUUGUGGAUAUUUUAAAAAUUCAUCAAGGAGAGAUAACCAAGGAGACAAUUCAUAUAAAACAAUUAAUGCAUCAGAGACAAGUGUUUACUUACAUCCAUCUUCAAGUUUAUUCGGCAAAGCUCCAGAGUAUCUAAUUUACCAUUCAUUGCUAUUAACUACUAAAGAAUAUAUGCAUUGUUGUACUAUUGUUGAAUCUAAAUGGUUAUAUGAAUAUGCUCCAAAAUAUUUUAAAUUAUCAGAUAAAAAGAAACAAAAAAUUCAACCGUUAUUUGAUAGAUCAAGUCAAAUGAAAAAAGAUGAUGAUAAUAAAAAUAAUUGGAGAUUAAGUACAAAACGAAAUUUAUAG